AUGAAUUCUCCAAAUGCAAUUCAAGCAUGGGUUCGUGCUUACAAUAUGGUAGGUACAUUGAUCAUUAAUUUUGUAUCACCAAAGCUUCAAGGAAGCAGUAUCUAUAGAGAUACUGCUUUAGAAAUUUGGACUGAUCUUCGAGACACUUUCAGUCAAGGAAAUGGGAUCAAGAUCUUCAAUAUUCAAAAGCAAAUUGUUGAGAUUCAUCAUGGAAAGCAAUCCCUCACUGAUUAUUUCACUCAGCUCAAGAUCUUGUGGGAUCAAUUGCAGAAUUUGAAUCCAUUUCUUCAGUGUACUUGUGGUCAGUGUGUGUGUGGGAUCAAUCAAAAGUUGCAGGAUCUUCAAGCCAAGGAGUCCACCAUGAAAUUUCUCAUGGGAGUGAAUGAUGUUUUCUCUCAAGUGAGAACUCAAAUUUUGUUGAUGGAUCCUUUGCCUUCUGUCAAUAAGGUUCAUUCUUUGUUCAUUCAAGAAGAAAUGCAGAGGUUUGUGCAUAAUGUUGUUAGAGUUGAAUCCAUUGCCCUAGCAACCAAGAGCUUAGGAACUAGUUUUAAAGGCAAAGAAAGGCCUUUAUGCACUCACCGUGGAAAGUUAGGCCACACUAUGGACAAAUGCUAUAAGUUGCAUGGUUUCCCACCAGGAUUCAAGUUCAAGAACAAAAAAAAUGCCACUACUCAUCAAGUUUCAUCUAAUAUUGAACUCAUUCAAAGAAAUAAUUCUACUGGAGUUACUGAUUAUGCUUCAUCAAAGUCUGUAUCUCAAGCUCCAACUUUCACUCAUGACCAAUACCAACAACUUCUAACAUUAAUUGGUUCUUGUUCUACUCCACAAUUACCUAUAGAUCAAGAACUUCAUGUUGCUAAUGAUGUGUCUUGUCCAUCAAAUGUUGUUGCAGGUAACUACAAUCAUUCUGUUUUUUCUGCUAAAGUUGUUAACAGACGAGCUUAUGGUCUUCAUACAUGGGUUAUUGAUACCAGUGCAAGUGAUCAUAUAGUUUGUUCCAUUCAAAUGUUAACUUCUUGUAUUGAGGUUUCACAUACUAGGGUUAAAAUGCCUAAUGGGGAAGCAGCUAUUGUUACACACAUUGGCACGAUUGGAAUGGGCAAAAUGCAUGAUGGUUUUACUUAUUACAAGAUUCGAGCCUUUCUCAAGCCAGUGCAUCUUUUUCUGAUUUCUCUUCUAAGCAGAGUCUCAAGGCUUUCUCUACUAUUUGAUCUUCUUCUUUUUCUUCAAAUGUGCUUUCACUUUGGCAUUCAAGGCUUGAGCACCCUUCUGAUGUAA